AUGUUCCAGCGUCUGCAGAAAGGCCUCAAUCUCGACUUCCUGGACGGUAAGAUAGCCGAGGAGCAAGAGAAACAGAAGCAACAACAGCAGCAACACAAGAGCGGAUCUUCGGCGAAGCGUUCACCAAGUGUGCGAAGAGGCAGCGGCCGCACAGGCUCCCCGAGCACGAGGCCUAGAGCUGGGAGCAGACUGCGCGUGGCAGAUGCAAAGGUUGGCGAUGGGAGUCCGGCGGCGAAAGGUCCGGACCCUGAGGACUUCGUGAUAGGCGAUGAUCUUUCAGAUAUGGGGAGCAGUCGCGCUCCAACGCCGCUGCCUGGGAAGGAGAGCGAUGGAGAAAGUGCAGAGAAGAACGUCAAGAAGGGAGAAAGCGGCAUUGAUAGCAAUGGCAGCAGCGGCAAGGGCAGGGAAGAGGCAGAAGAAGAGGAUCUACCUUUGGAUGUGCGGCAGAAGCUGGCCAAGUUGGAUACACUGACCGCACGCUAUCAAGGUAUGCUCAAGUCCAUACCACUACACAGGGAUUGGAUCCUUUUAUUGUACUCACAGAACUCGCUAUGUGUAGAUCUUUUACGCAACUAUCGUACCGCCCACGCCCACGUCGCAUCGAUAGAGCCAUUCGAAGCUACCCUACGCGAACACACGCCGCUGACGUCUAUUUCUGAUCCCGGCGCUCUGGUCGAAUUCUUAAACCAGCGUAGCUUGCAAAGCAGCAUGGUUCUGGACGAGCUGAAGAAGGUUAGUGAGCAACACAAGCAAGCGCUUAAGGAGCGCGAUGAGCUCAAAACCAAGCUCGAGGAAGCGGAGAAGACGACCAAGGAGGCGUUUGAUCAGGCUGCCGGCCUAGAGAAAGGGGGCGAUGAUGUCGCAGAUAGGGCUCCUGUUGAGCAGAACAACUCCGGGCCUACGAAUGCAAAGGAGACCAAUGGAGACGCGGCUCGUUCGACCACAAACGCGCCUGUGUCCGAGGAUGACGGUGCAUUCUUUUCUUACGAGGACGAAGUGUCGCGUGACACCGAGCACAAUACCGCCCUUGAAAGGCUCAAGGCGGAACAUGCCGUGGAAGUCAAGAAGCAGACGGACUACAUUAACGAGCUGUCCGAGGAGAAUGUUACCUUGACACAGGACUACGAGAGCUUGCGCCACGAUAUGGAGAUCAAGAAACUCGAUCUAGAUGCCAUGUAUAAUAAGGUCCGUGUGAGAGCCGACGAAAUUGCCCACCUCGAGAAUGAGAACAAGAACAGCCGCAACCAGCUGAAACAAGCUCAAGAAGCAACCGAGAAAGCGGAUGCUGCUCGCGCAGAUGCGGAGAAUAAACAUGCGGAGCAGGAGAAACGUCUGGAGAUCUUGCAGAACCUUGUCAACAGGCUUAGAGAGCAGGUCAAGAUUGCCGAGGACAGCAAACGAACAAAGGAGCAAGAAUUCGACAGCCUCCAAUUUGAAGCUAAGCGACUUGAAGCCGAGGUCAACAAUUCCAGCAAAACAAUUGCGCAUUUGCGACAAGCCGAAUCUUCUCUAAAAGACGCAAGGAAGAAGGCUCAAGAAGUUCAAGACGAACGCGACGAGGCUCAGAGGCUGCUCGCAGCCAAAAAGGGCCAUGAGCAAGUUGCAGCCAGCUUGCGUAGCCAACUUAAGCAGGCAAUUGCACAGCGGGAUGAGGCUUAUCAAACAAUCAUUAAUUGUGGCAAAUGUGAGAGGGCUGAGAUUCAGAAGUCCACAGCCGAUGGUGGAAAACCAGAUGGAGGCAGUGGAGGUGACGGUAGCGUUCAGACCUCCAGCAUGGAUACUGGCAGCGCACCUGAGCCGCGAUCUCGCGGUGGUUCAGAGGCCACCAUUUCGAGUAGCCUGCCCCCGGGAAGUGAGGCUCAAACGCCAGCGACAGAGGCCGCAGACGAACUGGCUAAAGCUGGCGAGGCAAAGAAAAAGAAGAACAAGAAGAAGAAACCGAAAGCCAAGAAGAAGUCUGAUAAUGAGACAGACAUUACAUCGUCGUCUGCGUCUCUCGCCACCAGCCAGGAGGUGACUGUCGAAGACCUCCUCCGCGAUCCAGAGCUGGCACCCGACGUUUUGCUCAAGGCCAAAUUUGGGGAUAAUCCCAUGGUGCCUCUUCUCGCGCAGAUAACGAAUGCCAUGAAGGAGAGAAGUGAGGCUGGUGACGAGGGCGAAGAGGCGCGAAGAUAUUUGGAGGACCUCAACGAGCAGCUGACCCAGAACAUCACCGACAAGGAUAAGAUUCUUCGGGCCAAGGCCGAGGAAAUCCUCGAGCUCCAGGCCAAUCUGGCAGAGAAGACCGAUUUCUUGCAAAGUACGGAGCAAGACAAGAUGCAGACCGAACAGCGCAAGAAGGAAGUAGCAUCGCUGCAAGCCACCAUCGCAGAGAAGGAUACCCAGAUAAAGAAAUUUCAAGAACGACUCCAUGGCGAGUCGGCUUUAUUGGAGCAGAUUGAGGAGCUUAAAGAAGAGAAAGACUCGCUUCAGGAAAGCAUGCUUGAGCACGGAACUGAUGCGACUAACGCCAAGCAUGAGCUAAAGGAGACGCGAGACCGUUGCAACAAACUACAGGAAGAGUUUGACGAAUUGCAAAGGGAAGCCGAUAACCGCCGCAAGAAAACUAAGGACGCUGAGGCCCAAAGAGACACCCUCAACACUCGCUGUGCCGACUUGGAGUCCGAAAUUUCGACGCUCAAGAACAAGAGUGUUUCCCGUGAUGAGCUCGAGGGCGUCAAAGAGCAACUCGCUAGCACUAUCAAGGAGAAGCAGUCUCUUCAAUUGGCGAAAGAGACGUGUGAGAAGGAACUUGAAGAGCUUAAGUCUGCCAAGGGAGACGAACUUGACGCGAAGAAUACCUCCCUCCUUUCGGACUUGGAAGCACUUCGGACAAGGACCUCUGAGUUGGAGAAAGAGCUUGCCGAUGCAAAUCAGCUCGCGCAGUCCCGAUACAAAGAUCUCUGCGACGUGCGAGGCCAUUACCACGAAGCUCAAGUGCAGUUGAAGAGAAUCACAGAUGAGCUGGCGGAGCUGAAGAACGUCAAAGCUGACUUGGAGAAGUCCCAGUCGAGCAUCAAGAGGCUGGAAGCGAGACAGAAGGAUCUCACAUCAGAGAUCGCGGAAUACAAAUCUCAGGCGAGUGAGAAGGAUCGCGAGAUCGUCACCCUCAAAGACAAGGUUAAGAAGGGCGAGGAACGGAGCUCGGCUCUUGAAGAUUCUUACGAGACCGCCCGCAAGGACCUGGAAAAGAGCGAAAGCAUGCGCAACGAAGCGCAAGACAGCCGUGAGAAGCUUCAAGGUGAAUUGAAGAAGACCCAGGAUGAUCUCCGGAGGUCGCGGCCUCGCCUCGACGAGCUGGAGCAACAGGUCAAGAAAUUGACGGAUGAAGCUUCGAGCCUCAGAGACGAGCUUCAGCUGAAGGCGGCUCAGCAAGCCAGUGCACAGAGUCUCAUGGACAGUAUGCGGGACGAGAGAAAUGAGCUUGCGACGCAGAUGAAGGAGGUCAAGGACAGGAAUGAAAGUCUUGAGGAGGAGAUCGCCGACGCUCAUCGCCUACUGUCCGAACGCGGUCGUGAGGGAGAGACGAUGCGUAGAUUGCUGGCCGAUGUCGAGAAGCGGGCGGAGACGACGGUCAAAGAGAUGAAGGAGAAGAUGGACCUCGCCAUUGAAGAACGCGAUCGGGCAGAAGAUGAAGCCAGCACCAUCGGUCGCCGCAAGGCACGGGAGAUUGAAGAUCUCAAGAAUAAGCUUCGCGACGCUGAGCGGGAGGCGAACCGAGCGAAAGAGGCUCGUGAAGAGGCUGAACGCAAAGAAGCUUCGUCCAAGAGCCGGCAGACGGAACUGCAGGAAGCUGCCACCAGGGCGCAAGAGAGCUUGAACGAAACCCGCAAAGCCAUGGCUCAGUUGCAGGAAUCCUUUGACGAGACAGACCGUCAGUCGCGCGAGCUGGAGAAGGAAAAGCUCCAGCUUCGAAAAGAGCUCCAGGAACGCGAGACCCGUAUCGACAAGAUCCAGGCUUCUUCCCGGACCAUGGCAGAGGAGCUCAAGACACUGAGAUCAAUGGGUAAUAAGCAGAGACCGGGCAGCGGCACGCCUUCCCGAUCGUCGGUGGACUCUUCGAGGGUAACCUCGCCCGUCCCUCGAGGGAACACCCAAGCGGCGUCUAAAGACGGCGGGCCUGAUCUGGGAUAUCUCCGGACGGUACUGCUCCAGUUCUUGGAACAGCGGGAGAAGAAGUAUCAGAUGCAGCUGGUGCCCGUCCUGGGGCAGCUGCUUCAGUUUGGAGAGGAGGAUCGGAAUAAGCUCAUGGGCAUUGUUACGAGCCGAUAG